AUGCCGAGCGAGACGGACGCACGCGCCGAGCGCUCCGCUCCAGAGGCCGCUAAUGCGUCUCCGACAGCUCCAGCGGACAGGGCCGCGUCCCUGCACGCUAACGGGGUCGAGUCGAGUACGUCAGAUUCGCUACGGAGCGUCUCUAAUAGUACUCCUCCCUCAACGAGCGUCGACCGUGCUCACGCCUAUCGCGUCACUCGCCUGCCGCUGGAGACGCCUGUGGACGUCCCCACCGCGCAGCAGGACAUCGACGAAGCACUCCAGCAUCUGGUGAGUCUCAUGCCGCAAGCAGCCGCUGCACCCCUCGGAGUCGACUCCGAUAACGACGAAGAGGAAAUGCAGACGGAGCAGACAUCGGCAGGCUCACAAGCGUCAACGUCGCGCGCCUCGAGGAAGAGGCAGAAGUCCGACGACGACUCCUCAGCCCCGGACGCGCGCAAGUUCCGCAAGGAAAACGCGCUAAACGGCACCAAAACCGGGACGAAAAUUCGCCGCCGCACGCUGAAGUCCAAAGUGGACAACGACGGCUUCGUAGCUCCCACGAAGACCGCAAAAGCCACACGACAACCGACAGCAGCACCAGUAGGCACGAGCAACAGCUUCCAAGCACUAAGUGACUCGGAAGACGAGGAGCUGACUCUGCCACCGCUGCAGCAGCGUCGCGCACCGCCGCCGCUUAUAGUGAAGUUUGAACGCCACUUUCGUGAGCUGCAGAACGCUCUGAACUUGCUGAUUGGAAGGGACAGCUACACCAUCAGCACGUCAGGCGAUGACCUUCACAAAGUGAAGGUGAAAACCACCGAACACUUUGUGAAACUCAGCGAGGAAUGCACCAGACGGGGCUGGAAUUUCUACACCUUCAGCUCCAACAGGAAGAAGCCCCUGAAGGUUGUAUUUCGAAAAAUCCCUCGCACCUUAAAGCCGGAAGAGGUGAAGGAAGAUCUGGAACAAAUGGGCUACUGCGUCGAGGAAGUCAUAAGAAUGAAACUUCAUCGCACCAAGGGACGCAACCCGCUCUUCCUGCAGCGAAGAGUUUCGGCGGGAACGUCGCACCCACGUGGAGCCCCAACGCACAGCCAGACAAAGAGGAGACGAGGCCGCCGAGGCCGCGCAUCCGGCCGACCACAUUCCGAGGCGGUCGUCAACCUCGCCCAGCAGCGCGGGAACUCCGACGCCCGGAACAAAGAGCGGCAGCAACCCCACAGGCAGCCGCAGAACGCCCCACCGGCAAUGGAGCGCGAUGGCGGACAGACUCCGCCCGCCGCCUCACAGCAGGUACAAGCGCGCCUUCACGCAGCACCGGCCGCAGCCAACCAGGCCGCAGGCCCGCCUUCCCCGCCGCAGCGAGCCGCGCCAUUGGCGGCCCAGCCGCAGGUAGUUCCCCCGCCUGCGCCCCUACCUCGGCAAUCAGCUCCUACCACUGCGCCUCGCCGUAACGGAGCGGACCAAUCAGCGCCGCCCGUCCCGGACCGGUCCAGCAUGGCCGACUUCCCUGAACCGCGAUGGCGUCGGCAGCGGCCAAUCACCGGCCAGCAGCCUGCUCCAGCAGCCCACACCAACGGCGCCCAGCAGCGCAGCGGCAACCGGACCACUGGCGACGGCCAUACUGUCGGCCCCCGACAAAAUGGCGUACACACCGACCGCCAUGAUGUCGGCCCCCGACAGGAUGGCGACCGCAUCGACCGUCUCCUUGACACGAUGCAACUAAUGAUGGCUCGCGUGACCGAGCUGAUGGCCGCAGUACAGCAAGUACUCGCCAUAGCCUCUUCCACCGCCCAUCAUGCCUGA